UGCGUCAGCCAUUGGAAUAUUAGAAGAAUUUCCUCAAGAUUAUCAAGUGCGCAAAAGAUUGAAGAAAACCAAGAUAAUGUUCCUCUUCAUAACCCGGAAAAAAAAUUUGAAGUAGAGUUUUACAAUACUAUAAUUGAUACGGCUAUCAAUUCUCUGCAAGAUAGAUUUCUCCAGUUAGAUAAUCAUUGUUCUAACUUUGGUUUCAUGUAUAAUAUAAAUUCUUUAAAAUCUUGGGAGCAUGAAACCAUACUAAAACAUUGUAAAGAUUUAGGGAUUUUACUAUCAUCAAAUGAUACAGCAGAUAUUGAUGUCAUCGAAUUAUUUGAAGAACUAAAAUUAUUUUGUCGACUUACAGAAUCAAGUAGUUCAGCAAGUAAAAAUCUUGAGUACAUUUAUAAUAAUCAACUCCAGGAAAUAUAUCCUAAUAUUGAAAUCAGUUUAAGAAUCAUUCUUACAAUUCCAGUGACAGUAGCGUCUGCUGAGAGAAGUUUUUCGAAACUGAAACUUAUAAAAUAUCAUUUAAGAUCAACAAUGAGUAAUGAGCGUUUGACUGGAUUAUCAAUUUUAUCCAUUGAAGCAGAGUUGGCACAAGAAUUAAAUUUAGAAAAUUUAGUGCAAGAUUUUGCAACAAAAAAAACAAGAAAAAUUAAUUUUUAAUUUUGAAAUAUUAUUUUAAAACUUCAAAUUUGAUCAUCAUUUUAUGUUUAUUUCCAGGUUUGAUUUUUUAUUUAUAUAAAACACAUUAUGUAUGAAGAACACUUGUAUAUUAUUUUUUUUUCUUAAAGGUA